GUUCACCCUUUCAAUCCGAAACGACCAUGGCUACCUCGACACAGAAGACAUCAUGGGCUGACGAGGUCGACGAGAUCGACCAACCCAAGAUCGAGGACUUCGUCGACGAAAAUGGUAUCAGGACGACCAUCGAAUAUACUACGAAUGACGAGGGGAAGAAAGUGAAGAUAACACGGAAAACGAAACGCGUACUGCAGAAGUCUCUCGUUGACCACGUCGUUGCUGAGCGCAAAACAUGGGCGAAAUUCGGGCAGGAGAAGGGGAACAAGCCUGGCCCGGAUCGGGCGACUACUACAAUCGCGGAGGAUGUCCCGCUGAGAAUUAGUGCUGGCAAUAAGUCUUCGGAGAAAGAGCAGGCGCAGGACAACACGGUGAAGGCGAACCUUGCCCGUGCCGGUGCAGGCAAGGUCGUCUGUCGUAUCUGUAAGGGUGCCCACUUUACCGCAAAAUGCCCAUACAAGGACACGUUGGGCGGUCUCGAAGUACGUCGCCUAGACGCGCCACCUAUGUUUGAUGAAGACGGUGCUCCCAGCGGCGCCGAACCCGCUGCAGCUGCCGCCGCAGCGCCAGCAGCCGCAAGCACAGGCGGCAAGUAUGUCCCUCCCUCAAUGCGUGGUGCCCGCGGUCCCGGCGAGCGCAUGGGCGGUACAUCCCGAGACGACCUGCCCACACUGCGCGUCACCAACAUCUCGGAAGACACGCAGGAGAACGACCUGCGCGAGUUGUUCGGUGCGUUUGGCAGGGUUGCUCGGGUGUACGUUGGCCGCGAUCGCGAGACGGGUGUCGGGAAGGGCUUCGCAUUUGUCAGCUUCGAGGACAAGACGACUGCGGAGCGGGCGAUGCAGAAGAUGCAUGGUAGGGGUUACGAUAACUUGAUCCUCAAUGUCCAGUGGUCGCAACCUAGGGACAAGUAG